AUGUUGGCGAGCCAAUACGCGAUCCCGGUGCACAAUCUUGUCGCCUAUGUGCUCAUUUAUAUCACGUCAAGGAAACAGAGAUCAGAAAGCAUCGCCUCAUCAUCGAAGUGCUCCGAUCGAGGUCUUUUGAUUCAAGCUAUCAUCGAGUCGUGCUUGUUAGAAGCAAUGCGUAUCAUCGACAUGAUCCCUCAACCAGCCGAUGAUCCGAUAGGCAUGUCACCUGUCAGUAUGUUGAUCAACGUUGAAGACAAUCUCAUCAGG